UUGCUGUGGGGGGUAUUGAAGGCUCCGAGCCCCCCUGAGUUGGAGGUGCCAGCCCAGGGGUAACAAAGCCCCGGGGGCUGCAGGGGACGGCGCCCACCCCUCCCCCCGGCUCCUCCCCGGCGCCGGAGGAUUAUUGCUUAACAACCAGGAGGGAUUUACCUGCUGCUCUUGGGAGCUGCCUCCUCCUGCUCCUCCCGCGGCGCCAGCUGAGCCAGAGGCGGCCGCCUGCAUCUCCCCUUCCUCCUGCGGCUGCCGAGCCGAGCCGGGGCCGCUCCCGGGAUUUCUCCGGCCCUAGUCACAGCGGCGAGGGGGCCCCAGCCAGACUCUCGUGCUGGGGAAAGCUUCGCACUGGUAGCUUGGCAGAGUGGACUUCUCAAGCUGUGUGAGAGAGAAGGAGGAUUUUGAAUGUGCUCUCCCCCAUCCUCUCCCUGGAAUUGUGCUCCAUUGAGAAGAGUCCCACUGAAUCCUUACUGCUAACAAAUCUGCUUUUCAACUGAGUGGAUUUCAAGAGCUGCAAAACUGCCAGUCCUAAGUCUUGUGGAAGAUCUUACUGCAUAUUUCUAUGAGCUGCAGAGUCGAUAAAGAAAUGUCCAUCCUAAGAUGAUGCUUGCACCUCAUUGACUGGACUACAGAGUUUUAAACAGAAAUUGAAUAUGGCCUAGUAGGAUUGAUCUUUGGAGAAUUUAUGAUGUCCUCCGGUACUAGUAGAAGCAAGAAUCGGCAGGCUGUGAGCCUGCAGGGAGUUGACCCAGAAACAUGCAUGAUAGUGUUUAAAACGCAUUGGGGACAGGUUGUAAAAAUCUUAGAGAAGCAUGACCCUUUGAAAAAUACUCAGGCGAAAUAUGGGGCAAUUCCACCAGAUGAGGCCAGCACUGUGCUGAAUUAUGUGGAGCAUAUGCUUUUCUUAUUAAUUGAGGAGCAAGCCAAAGAUGCUGCAAUGGGGCCUAUCCUUGAGUUUGUGGUCACAGAGAACAUAAUGGAGAAACUCUUCCUUUGGAGCUUGAGGCGGGAGUUCAACGAUGAGACAAAAAUUGAGCAGCUGAAGAUAUAUGAGAUGCUGGUUACUCAGUCCCAUCAGCCUGUGCUGCACCACAAGCCCAUCUUGAAGCCUUUGAUGAUGUUGCUGAGCUCUUGCUCAGGAACAGCCACACCAGCUGUGGAGUUGGAGCUGGUUGUCCUGCUGAACCAACUCUGCUCUAUCCUAGCCAAAGAUCCUUCCAUUCUGGAGCUGUUUUUCCACACCAGCGAGGACCAAGGAGCUGCCAACUUCCUCAUUUUUUCCCUUUUGAUUCCCUUCAUCCAUCGGGAAGGAACAGUAGGUCAGCAGGCUCGUGACGCUCUGCUCUUCAUAAUGUCCCUGUCAGCUGAGAACAACGUUGUUGCAAAUCACAUAGUAGAAAACACCUACUUUUGUCCUGUACUAGCAACAGGACUGAGUGGCCUCUAUUCAUCUUUGCCAACAAAGCUGGAAGAAAAUGGAGAAUGGCACUGUCUGCUGAAAGAUGACUGGCUCCUGUCCCCAGCUCUUGUUCAGUUCAUGAAUUCCCUAGAGUUUUGCAAUGCAGUGAUACAGGUGGCACAUCCCUUGAUUCGUAACCAGCUUGUGAACUACAUUUAUGAUGGGUUUUUGGUGCCAGUGAUGGCUCCUGCACUCCAUAAGGUGACUGUGGAGGAGGUAAUGACUACAACUGCAUACCUGGAUCUCUUUUUGCGCAGUGUUUCAGAGCCAGCUCUACUCCAGAUUUUCUUGCGUUUCAUCCUGCUGCACCAGCAUGAGAAUGUGCACAUCCUAGAUACACUCACGAGCCGAAUCAACACUCCUUUUCAGCUCUGUGUGGUAUCUUUGGCAUUGUUCAGAACACUCAUCGGCUUACACUGUGAAGAUGUGAUGUUACAGCUAGUUUUAAGAUAUCUGAUCCCAUGUAAUCACAUGAUGUUGAGUCAAAGAUGGGCUGUGAGGGAAAGAGACUGUUAUUCAGUGUCUGCUGCUAAACUGCUUGCUUUGACCCCUGUCUGCUGCUCUACUGGGAUUACGCUGACUGUUGAAAACCAAGCAAAAGAUUACAUCCUAUGGACAAAGGCCACACCCGGUGCAGGUUCUUGCAUAGGCUAUUGCGAAUCCAUGUGCAUUGUGAAAUACGGAAGAGCUGUGGACAUCAGUUACCUGCAGUACCUGUGGGAAGCUGAAGCCAUCAUUCUCCACUGCAUGAAAGACUGCCAGGUUUGGUCUGCCCCAUAUGAUGGGGAAGACCCUGACCCAGACACCUUUAUCCAAACGCUGGCAGAGGAAAACAGUAAAAAUGUGGAGCACUCUAUGUUCCGACUCCAGCAGCGAACUUUCAGUAACGGCAGCUCCUCUCAAAUUACUCCAUUGGGAGAGAAGAUACAGUUGGAGCUGGAAUGGGAUGACAGCUACGACACAGGGAUUUCUCCUGGGUCUGAUGUGAGCUCACCCCAGCCUUAUGAUGAUCUAGGGACUGUAGAGAGACAACUGCCUGCAGAGCCACCAAAGCACAUUCAAGAGAUGAAGAAGAAUGCAAUCAUGCUUGUCAAAGGGUCUUACAUAGAAGAAUCAGAUUUUCAGGAUGAUGUCAUGGUUUACAGGUUAUGUGCCGAAAAGGAUGCUCAGGAUGAUGACAAUUCCAAGGAGGAAACUUCAAGUAUAGCAACUGAAUCUCAAAACACAAUUCAAAGCCAGCCCGUUAAGAGGUCUUUGAAAAACUCACAUCCAGACACAAAUUUAAAGGAACACAAUAGGAAAAAUUCUGGUUUGCCUCAGGAUGUAACAAAGGAACAAAUAAACCAGAAAGCUGUUGAAACAGACCCACAGCCAGACUUAGAGCUGAAACUCUCUCCUCCAGAAGCAGAUCAAAACUCAAAUGUGAGGCUGCUGAGCCCAGAUAGUGAGGAAUUCAUUGCACAAUAUGACAAAAUUAUUGAAGAACUGGAUUCUAACACAACAGGCUUGGAGGAGCAGAAAUUGCUGACACUUGAUCCUGUAUCUCCAGUGGAAGAGGAGGAGGACUUCGAAAAUUUUUCAGUGGACACUCCCUCUACAGAAAGUAUACUGUCUCCAUUUGGGCCAAAGGAGGAUACAUUUUCCAACCAUCCUGCAAGGAGCCAGAAUGCUGCAUUUACAGGGCCAUUUAUCAGCGUAGUGCUGUCAAAGCUGGAGAAUAUGUUGGAGAAUUCCUUGCAUGUUAACUUGCUGCUCAUUGGGAUUAUUACUCAACUGGCCAGCUACCCGCAACCUCUUCUUCGUUCCUUUCUGCUCAAUACCAACAUUGUAUUGCAGCCUAGCGUACGAUCAUUAUAUCAGGUGCUGGCCUCUGUGAAAAAUAAAAUUGAGCAGUUUGCAUCCAUCCAAAAAGAUUUUUCAGGUCUUCUUAUACAGGCCCAGCAGUACUUGCUUUUCCGAGCGGACAUGUCUGAUGUGGCACCAGAGUUACUAACCAAAGAGAACAUCCAGCACAACUGCAGCACAGGGAAAGGAAGAAAUCUUUCUGAAGCUUCCCAAACCCUGCUCCAGCCUUUCUUGGGACACAGAGCAAAGAGAGUAACGACUCUUCCUGGCAUUCCCUUGCCUGUGAGGAAUGCCGUGCUUGCAGCUGCCCUUUUCCCAGAGUUUCUGAAGGAGCUAGCAGCUCUUGCACAGGAACAUUCCAUCCUGGGUUACAAAAUACCGGGUGAUGUUGACGAUUAUUAUUAGUGUCAUUUUAACAGAUUUUUUUCCCCUAAUAGAAUUAGCAGAUUUUUAAAUGCAAAGUUGCUUACAAAAGAAAGUUCUGCUUUGAUACUUCCUGACAAUACUUGAUCUGGGAAAAAAAAAAUCUCAUUCCAUGUUACCUUUCUAUUGGGCCUUAUGACUUCCAACUGUGCAACAUACUAAUUUGAAAUAAUAGAACCCCUCAGGAAUAUAUCAUGUAUACCCUUUUUCCCUUGUGCAUCUACACAACUUCCUUUACCUCACUGCUCCGGUUUUCAAUUCUGGCCUAGAAAAGUGGGUUGCCCAGUGGGAGAAAUCUGAUAUGUAAAUAUAUAUAUGAACAUUGCACAUAAUUGGUCAAAUAAGCCUUCUGUGUUAAGGGCCAAGGUUUUUGGGGGAGGGAAGGGGGUGUUUGCUUUAUUUUUAAAAGAGGAGUCUACAGUCCCACCUCUGAAAUCCCCUUUACCAAUGGCUGGGGUUGUGAAUCCAAGUGGUCUCAUGUGUUCUAAAUGCAUGACUAGCUGAAAGCAGGUGCUGUACCCAAGACAUACCGUAUUGCCUUAUGUUGCAUACAAAUCUGCAGCUCUCAGCUGUUGGUCUUUUGAAGUCAAAUGAAAUGUAUAAGUGGAUGUAGAGUGCAGACUGCUUGGAAUUUUCCUUGCAGUUUCUCAGCGUUCUUUGAUAAUUAUAUUGCUACCUAAAAUCUCAAGCAAGCCUUAUUUAGUAGAAUUUGCACAAAGUACAAAGCAAAAUGUUUCUAUGCAAGCUCUAACAAAUUUGUAGAAGAAAUUUGUUUGUGUUCUUCUAUUGAUAAGCUGAAGAAAAGUAUUCAAUAUCUUUCAGUAGUGUUACAAGAGCAACUCCGAUUGAUCUAUUUUUGUUAAGUACUGCUUUUUAUGGAAAAGGACAGCUUGCCUCUGAAAAGGUGUUUAAUUUUUUUUUAAAAAAUGUCAUUUUGGUUAAGGAAAAACAAAAUGACUACUUGUAAAGAGAAACUGGUUAUUUAUUUUUAAGUUAUGUGCUAGCUUUGCCUAAUAUUGCACUUUCAGGGUAAUGGGGACGGGGGAGGAAUGUUCAGCAGUUGGGGAGGAAAAAGUAACUGGGAUAACUGAAAACUGUUUGCUAGUGACUAACUGCAAGAAAAUUCUCUUCUGUGAGUAAUGAGGUUCAUUAGAAGAACCUCAACAUGAUGAAUUGGUGCAUCACUGCUGCAUUUUGUCUUACUCUUAGUGGCAUAAUUGUGCUUCCAGUGCUAAACUUUGCUCUAUGUGAAUGGGGGCUCAGUUCAUGAAAGCCUUAAUGCUUCCCCUUUCUACUACGAGAAAACUAAAACAACCCAAAAGCACUGAAAACCGGAGGUAAGAAUGAUAUUAAAGCAGUUUUUGUUAUGGUGCUGGUUAUAAUUCCCCAAUACUGAAAAGCCCCAUUAUAUAACUUCCCCCAUUUCAAACAUGUUAUCUUCACUUGGGGAAUGUAAAUGAAAAACCUAUAAAAAGAAAGAUCAGGUAACAUUUUGUAAAGUACUUAAGUGACUUAGGAUCUGAAGUCCCAUUAACUUAGUCCUUCGUCACAGGGGGGUAUGUCUACACAGUAGUUAAACACUUGCAGCUGGCUUGGGCUGCAGGCUUAAAGUUGCUGUGUAGAUGUUUGGGCUUUAAGUUAAGCCUGAGCUCUGAGAUUGUGUGUGUGUGUGUGUGUGGGGGGGGGGUCAUCCCAGAGUCCAGGCUCCAGUUUGAACUCGAAUGUCUAUACAACAUUUUAGUCCCACAGCCUGAGUCAGCUGGCCCAGGCCAGCCACCAGUCUUUUAUUCCAGUGUAGACAUACCCGUUGGUGCUUUGACAAGUGCACCCAUUAUCCAUAGCAGGGAGAGGUAGAGUAGUGCCUGACUACACUAGGUCCUGUCUGUAGGAGACACUAAAAGUCCUAAAGUGGAUCUGUACAGAUUGCCACCUGCAAAUACUUCCCUUGACCUGCCAUCACUUGUCUGUCUAGAUAUCUGUAAUGUAUUCAGGUCUGUGAUAUCUGAACACCAGCUGCCCUCCCUGCUGCAGCUCAGCCCUUUGUGCUCAGGCCCACAGGUCACUUUCUUUUCUGUUACUCCUGCUCCAUGCAACUCUUUGCCUGUCAAAUGCAAUUCCACUAAACCACCCUCUAGCCUCCGUGCAGCUGCUCCACUCACCACCCCUUAGAGUGCCUUUUUUUUUAAACUCAUUUAAUUUAGGAAUGGGAGAAUUCUUCUACUGAUUCCAUUGCUGCUGGAGCCAUGGCCAACCAGCCUCAGGUCCCUUUCCUUCUCCUAGCAGCUGGUAGGUUCUUCACUCUCACUCACACACACACACCCACCAUAGAACUGUGGUUCAUGCCUGUUCUCUCAUAAAUUAUCCCUCAGGGGAAGAGAGAGAUGGCAUAGCAUCACUUACCACAGUGCUCCAUCCUAUCUGGGCUGGGUCAGUGGCUGCUGAAUUCCUUAAGCACUGAUCUAAUCUAUUCCCAUGUCAAAGCAUAGCCACUAUCUUCUAGCAAGAAGCUGAUGUGAGUGCUUUAAAAGGACUAAAUACAUGUAAUAAUAAAAUAAGCAAACUUCAAUGAGUCAUAACCAAGUGGGGAUUUACUCCCAAGAAACCAUCCACACUUUUAAAAACUGUUAAUGGGGUGAAUUUGUUUAGUAAUUCUCCCUUUCCUUGCCUUUAAGUUAAAAUCAGACUCUGAACUGUUUAGGAGUGGUUUCAUAUUAAAUGGUCUUUCUCGUUACAAUAGUCUGUUCUGAAGACAAAGGUAGAUGGAGACCUUAAAAUGUGGACUGUGCAAACUAGAUCUGGAAGUUUUCUGGUUUUGACCCAGUAAGCUGUAAUGGUUCCAAAGGAGUUAUUCCAGCCUACCACAUUAGUGAGCUUUAAAAAAACCUACAGUGUGCAGAGGAAUUCUUACUGACAAGUCAUUACACUGUAUGUGCACAAGGUAUGCUUUAAACAAACAAAAACUGUCACCUAUCUGAAAGGAGAGACCAUAUUAUGGACUUGUAAAUUUGGCAACCGAUUCCUCAAUUUUUGAGAUAUACAAAGGAAAUAGCAAAUAAAAGUCUGGUCAGUUUAUACUCAAACUCUAAACUGUCCAAAUAAAGAUUCAAUACUUCUGGCCUGAGAUAGCAUAGGCAAGGGUUCAGUGAGGGCUGAAUUACAGAACCAUAACCUCCAGCAUCCUGAGAAAAAAUAAACUAUGAUAUUGGUACUUCCUACCUUCAAUGUGCAGAGCAAACUACAUGCAAUUUAGCAUGAAAAUGGUGGUGGUUUCAUUAUCAGAGCCUCAGAUUAAUAAUCCUUUCUUGUUCAAAUCCUUCAUCCGAAUGCUGUUUAAUAUGCUGCUGCUUUCAAAUUGGACUGAUCUGGAACAACAGAAAUCAAGACCUGAUUCUGAUCUGUUACAUUAGUGGAGAGGACGAAAAUCAGACCCGAGGAGGGUUGAUUUUUUUAUUUAAAAGGUUGCCCUUCUUUUAGUACACUUAGAUACAUUCCUUCAAAGUCUCUGCUGUUCACAAAUUGCUUUUAAUAUUUCAUCGGGGUUUGUCACAUCCUGUAGUGAAAGCGCAGUGCAUUCACUUAGUGAAGUUAUGCCUGUUUGGUGAAUACUACCUAGUUGGAUAAUCUUUGUGUUAAGGACAGACAGAUAAGAUUGAUCCAUUUAACAGAACUGUUUUUUGUUUUUAAAACUUGGGUAAAGGCACAGGUUUUCAGGGGGAAAAGAGUGGGUAGGUAAUAACACACGUACACCUAGAUUUCACCAGUUCCAACCUGGGCACUAGUGGCUGAAAGGCUUUGACAGCUCCUUGGCGUAUGUGCAGUGAGACAGCUUUCUGUCCACUCCCUAGGGACACAACUGGCUUGUUCAGCACAGAAUGAGGGUUUACGUUCAAGCUGCCCUUCUACCACUAGAGGUAGGUCUUGUAGUACAAGGCUGAAGUAUGCACUGUCAUUGCCUGUGCUGGCAUGCCUCUGGGUAAACAGAGGACUCCAUUCUCCAGUGUUGUCAAUUCAGCACCUUCCACAAGCAUUUAAAAAAAAAUCUCUAGGAUGGGAGAGAAAAAAAAGAACAGUCUUAUUUGGUGCAGUUAAAUGAUGUCACACCUUUUAGUGUAUUAUUUUGAAUUGUAGCCAGAGCUACAAAGUCAUUACUGCUUACUGUGCAAAUCUUCUUUUAUACAUUGAUUAUAACAUAGUUCCUCUUUGAGGGCAGCUUGAUUUAAUAAGCAAUUUACUGUGCUGUACUGACUGAAAUUACUAUGUCAUGCCUACAGUUUUGAAGGCUCCAAUUCUUAUAUUUAUAACAUUUAGACCUCAGCUACAAUUGCAAGUAAUGUAGUACUUUUACCAUGCUAGUUCUGGCACAAUACAGUAGUGUCAUGCUGUCAUUGUCUAAAUUUAAUUUAGGUCAUUACAAGAUGUCCCUGGUUGCACCUUUUGGGCUUUAGCAAUAGAAACUGAUUAGAUAGAAGAUGACAUUAAUUACCAACAACUAAGUUAAAACAACACAGGCUGGCAGUGUGGUACUCACUUCAGUGUGAAAUACAGACAGAACUGAAAUUUGUAUUACUCUUGUUUGUCACAAGCAGAAAAACGUCACAUAGUGGCCCUGUGUGUCAAGGACCAUUACUGUAAAAAUAUAGAAGGGAGGGUAAAAAUUACCCCUUGUUAAUGUGUUUUUGGAUUUGUUUGCAUAAGUAGGUAUUCAAGUAAUGCAGUGAUGGGUGCCACCACAAAACUGAUUGCUAUGGUGCAUAUUUAAUUUAUAACUUCAUUAGCUACAAAAGCUCAGAUUAAUAACUAACUUUCUUGAGGGAGGUCCUGCUUUUCCAAAUGUGAUCUAGCAUAUUUUGUUUUGUUGUUGUAUACUGGUUGAAGACACUUAUUUAUGAAUAGUAUUACUGUGUCAAGUACAUAUGCACUUUAAUUGAGUUUUUGAUCCUCUGGCCUCUAAGGGCUGCUGGGAAGUCAUUACUGCUUACUGAGCAAAUCUUUUUAUUCAUUGAUUAUAACAGUUUGUGUGGCAGCUGGAUUAAGGCCUAAAACCCUUUAUGGAACUUUUGUGCAAAGGCUGCGUUUCUGAACAAAAUAAUUUUCUUUGCCAAAGUUAAAGUGCCCAUGUAUACCUGUGUUUGAUAUAUUAGCUUCAAGAGAGCAUUUGAUAUCACUAUUUUAUUGCAAUUUGCUUAAAAAUAACCAAGUGGAUCUAGGCCAAAAAAUAAUGUAGCUGGGUUAAACCUAGGUCUGAUCAAACUUUGUCUAAAUGCUACUCUGUCAGCUUGGCUAGCACCCACACAGAAUGCCAUCUCAUCUCUAAUGGAAAGAUGUAAGCCUUUAGAGACUACAAGUCUCAGCAUUCAGUGCUCCAGCUUGAGCCAAGAGGCCAUAUCACUGCUGGACACAACUCUGUUAACAGGGAGAGAGACAUUCAGUUUACCAACUCUAGCAAUAUUUAGUUUCCCUUAAAGCUCCAGCUCAGAGUAUUGUGAUUAAAUUAAAGUCAACAUUCACACGUGGAAGUUUCUAGCCCUCAUAAAUGUAGAGAAGCUUGAACCAUCAGCCUUCCUGUCAAGUUUGGUGGCAGAAUUUUAGCAAAGUCCUGCUGGGAGCCUGCACCAGCAUAUUUCUCAUUCAAACCUGCUUUCCUUUUCUUUAAUAUUGCAUAACCCACCCCCCACAAAAGUCACCAAAUUGGGCUGUCUGCAAGGACAGUGAUUUGAACCCACACUUUAUGGGGAUAGAGAGCUGCCUUUAAAAAAAAAUCUGUUGGACACUUGUGCCUGCAUUCUGGUCCUGUUCUUCCAGUUUUGUGCUACUUGGGUUUCAAAAUGCAGGUAGAAAAAAAAUCAGCUUCGCUGUUUAGCUGGGAAUCCCUAGCUGGUAUCAGGCCACUCUUCGCUUCCUAACCACUUCCCUGCCCCCAGGACCUCAACAAGAGAAGAGGGGAGGGCUGCUUCAGAAAUCCUUAGCUACCAGCGUAGCUCCUUCCAAGUGCAACUUGAAGUUAGCGUGAGGCUGUUCUAAACUGUACCAGGGCCCAAAUCAGCCCUCAACUAGCCAUAGGAGUAGGGAGGCAAAGGUGAAUCCAGUGCAGCUUGCCUGGACCUGUGGCUUUAAUAUAUAUUGCCUCACUUAUAACAUUAACAAUACAAUUACACCUGGGGCAUUUACACUGUACAGCCAACCAGAUCCAUGGUUCUCAUAUCUGAAAAGAUAAAUUGUGACCUUCCUGCUGUAACUUGGUUUUCUCUCAUCCUUACAUGAAGGAGAAUGUUACGAACUUCCUAUCUGAAUCAUAUGAAAAUAGCAAUGUAAGGGAGAUACAGCAAAGGGCAAAAGUUUUGAUGUACUGCUCUGUCUUCUUUCUUGAGCACCCUGAGAUUAUAGCUUUAAACAAAAAAUGAAGGAGGGUAUUGGUUCAAGAGUGAGAUGCUACUUUACACAUACAGCACACAAAGGCCAUUAAUCUAUGAAAGGCUGCUGCUGCAGUUAGUGACUGUGAAAGUCUGUAUAUUACAAAGGGCUGCUCAGCACAGAAAUAAGAUUAUUACACUAGAAUGAUGUCACAGCACCUACUUAAUGGCCUGGGAAAGGGUUCAAAUUACAUUAGCAUUUACAAGUAGAAUGCCUAACCUGUAAUGAAAGUUUCCAUCAGACACCUCUAUAACAUGGAUCAAAUUAAACUCUGCUGUGAAACUUUGCAGUCAGGGCUGAUAGCUAAAGGUUGUCUUUCCUCAUUACUCCCACAGUGCCAGAAAAAAUAUUUUGGCAGUUUCUCCCUCCAACCCCCAAAUGCAGGAUAACUGCUGCUACACGCGUAUAAUCAAUGCCCCCUGCCAAAAGCUUUUACACUCUAUCUGGUAAGAGCCCAUGUUUACCUACCUCUCUGUCCAUUUGGAUGGGAUUGUAAUGACUGUGUAUGGUGUCAACUUGUAUACAUUGGUGAAAUUUCUCUCUGUAAGCUGAAGGGCCAAGGGAAAUUCUCUCACACAGGCUGUGUAUUAAAUUAACACUGAGGAUCUGGAUGAAACUGUCUAACUCACCCUGCCUAACAAUUGGAGCACAUCAGGCAUCUAAGCAGCAGCUCAGUGAGAGCUUCAGUAGCAAACUGACACCUGGAGUUAAGGGCAGAACUUGAGCCUUAACUCAAGGCAGCCCUCGCUUUUGUCCUUUGUACAAGCCUUGUGACACUGAUCACUCCAUAGACAGUCUCUGCACCGUCACCCCACAACACCCACCCUGUGUUGCGUAUUUGUCCGAUAGCUGAUUAACUCCUUGAGUAUGUGGCGGAGUUGUCACACUCUGUAGGGAACAAACUUUUGGGUUGGGAGCAGGAGAAUCAUUCUGGCCAUUUUUCACUGGCUGUUUUAUGUUCUGCUCAGAGGGGCACAAAGGCUGGGGCAUAGGCAGGAUAGCUCAGUGAAGUGAGCUGAAAAUGAACUCACACAGGAUAACAUGUCUGAAGCCAUGGUAGCCAGCCCUGUCAAAGCUUAAGCUCCCCUCACCCCAGCUAACACUGCUUUAGACAUGAUAGCCAGCACCUUAAUGAGCAUACAGAGGACUUCAUACACAUUAAGAUCUGAUUGAAGAAGCUUACCCUUUUUGAUUGUCAGUCAAGAAACAUCCUGAAAAUAGUUUUUGUUCCUAUGCAAAAUGUUGGUUUAAAAAUUCAGCAAGUGAGGAGUCCAUAAUAUGGUUUCAAGUAUCAGAGGGGGAGCUGUAUUAGCUUAGAGCUGGAAAAAGCGAGAGAGUCCUGUGGCACCUUAUAGACUAACAGACGUAUUGGAGCAUGAGCUUUCAUGGGUAAAUACUCACUUUGUCAUAAUAUGGUUGAAGAUUUUUAACCUGUGUCCUUCUGUCUGCUUCUAAUACAAGGGAAGAGUUUGUUACAAUCAUCCACUUCUAGUUUGUGCUGCCUGCCUUGUUCUCCAUUGUGUGUGUGGCAGGUAACGUUGAAAGUAGGUUGAGAUUUAUAGUAAUUGCUAUUUUAAACUUAAAGAUCUAAUGCUGUAUAUUCAUAGAACUUGUCCAUGAAUUAUUACAGACUAUUUUCUACCCUAUUAUGUAAUUGCCUAGAACAAAAUGGCUUUGAAAACAGGUAACCAUUAAAGAUAUUUACCAACAGUAGUCAUGCUAUGGUAUCUGAGAGCCUUCUAUUUUAAGUGUAGUGCAGUUACUAUUCUCUCUCAGGUAAGGGGGUAAGUGUAACACACAUCCCACUCCAAAGCUGCCCAACAAAAAGCAUUAAUAAUACAAAGAGGACAAAACCUUCUGGAAAAGGUAGGGUUUGUUUGUUUGUAAAGAUAAAGAAUAGGCUUAACACAUAUGGACCCAUAAAAUUCAAACUUUAUGCAGAUGCUCAGUCCAUAAUUCACAGUCUUGUGCCUUUUGUUUCCUCCCAGAAUGGCAGGAGUUAAGGGCAGAGCAUUAAUCUAACAAAUUCAAAGUUCAGUGUAUAUUGUGGUUUGUGUCAUAACCAUUUAUUAUCUGGAUGUGUUUUGUAACAUUGAUUGAAACUUAGCACUCUGAACAAAGUCAUCAUGGAACAAAACAGGUGCCACUAAGUAAAAGAUAAAAUGGUGGUUUUGCUCAGAUGUGACAAAAUGAUAGUUAAGCCUUUGUUUGAAUGUCAGUUUAAAUACACAAUUUUUUUAAAAGGUCAACGUCUGUCAUUGCAAAAUUCAGAGUAAAUCGUAUCCUUUUCAGACAAAACAGGCAACUUAACGUUAAUGCUUUUUGUCAGCUGCACAACCUUUUAACUAACUUAUUUUUAUGUGAACAAUGGGUACACGUUUUAUUCAAUAAAUAUAUUUGAAAACUC